UCUCAGUUUACUUCCUCUCACUCACCGCUACACACUCUCUCUCUUCGGAACGGAAAAAUCUCUCUCGCCAGAACGGAACUCUCUCCUCAUCUAGAUCCACUGCCGUCGUCACUGUCGGAAUCCACCGGACAACAACCCUCACUCUCUCCCCUAAAACGAUGUCGUUGAUGGGGACAACAACCCUGCGACAUCCUCAUCAUCAUCUUCUUGCACGGCUUUCAGUUCCAAUUCCACUGUCGUUGAGAAUUCCUGGGAACAUGAUGAAUCAGUAUAAGAGGAAGGAGAUACGGAAUGGAAGAGCCCUAAUCCAGUGUUGCUCCGACUCUGCCACGGCGUCCACAUCGUCUCCUUCUUCACCGGCUCCGGAGAAUGCUCCACCGGUGAUAAGGAGGAGGAAGAGGUACAGGAGGCAGUACCCGGGAGAGAGCAAAGGCAUCACCGAGGAGAUGAGGUUCGUUGCCAUGAGACUCCGAAACGCUAACAACCAAGACCCAUCCAGUGAAGACGAUAAGGAAGAGGAGGGUAACGAUGAUGUUGGUGGAGUGAUGUGGCAGCCCAUCAUGGACGGGUUCCUCAAGUACUUAGUUGAUAGCAAGCUCGUAUUCAACACUGUGGAGCGCAUUGUCGACGAAUCCAACCACGUUGCCUAUGCCUAUUUCAGAAAAACCGGAUUGGAACGAUCAGAAGGUCUUGGGAAAGAUCUAGAGUGGCUUAGCCAACAGGGUUUUGUAAUUCCAAAACCUGGCAGUCCGGGAGUUUCUUAUGCCAAGUAUUUGGAGGAGCUUGCAGAGAAGAGUGCCCCGUUGUUCCUGUGCCAUUUCUACAAUAUAUAUUUUGCACAUGUAGCAGGAGGUCAAGUCAUAGCAAGACAGGCUUCUGAGAAGCUCUUAGAAGGAAGGGAAUUGGAGUUUUACAGAUGGGAAGGGGAUGUGCCAGAGUUGAUGAAAGAUGUUCGUGAGAAGCUCAACAUGCUUGGAGAGCACUGGAUACGUGAUGAGAAAAACAAAUGCCUAAAAGAAACCACAAAGUCAUUUCGGUUUUUGGGCCAAAUUGUCCGCUUGAUCAUCUUAUGAAGUCAUCUAAAAUUUACAGUUGGGAUAGUUUGUUAAAAGAAAGGCAUACUGGAUUGGAUGUUUGAUAUGCAGGUGGCUCCCAAAGUACAUGAACGCUUCCUCUCAAUGGCCCCCCCAUGUAGACUACCAAGACAAUUCUUUUUGAUAUUCAAAUUUAGUAGCUAAUGUAGACCUGUGAGUUCUCAGUUACAAUUAAGCUUCUGAAAAUUGUUAACAAUAUUUUGUCUAAUGGACAAAGGGACUAUUGACUACACCAAACACGUGACUCACUGAUACAUGCCCCAACGAAGCCUAUCAAAAUAUUGUUAUCGUUAAAAACAAGAACAAAAUAUAAAACAAAUUUGUUGUUUUGGUUUGUCAGGGACGAGCAAUCACCUGGAGCUGUCGGAGAAGAUGAACUUGAGAGUGGCCGAAGAGCACAAAGGCUUCGGCGACGUGGCUUCCGAGCUGAGAGUGAUUGCGGAGCAGUUGAAGUCAAAGAGCGGUAGCUUCAAGCCUUCAACUAGUAUGUCCAGAAGAUCGAUGACAUAGAGAAACAAGCCACCGACUUUGAAGCUGACAUCCCAAAUGCUUUAUAACCAUGUGUCUUUGUUGGAAUCCAAAGUGCAAUCCCUGUACCAACACCCUCCCACUUCGUCAAAGAGUUAACUCAUUGCUCAAUGGGAUUGUUUGUUUGCUUCAUCUUUGCUAUUUAGUAGAUUAAUUUUUUAGAUUUGUGGUUUGGUUCCUUU